AUACUUUUUCCAAACAAUCAUAGUAGUAACUCACACCACAAGUACUAAACAUUGAGAGAAGAUGGGAGUCUCAGUUUGGCCUCAACUCCUAUAUGGAGUUGCAUUUUGCCUAAUGGCUAUCAGUGUUGCUGCUGAUUAUGAUAAGCCUUACUAUGGAGCCCCACCACACUCCUACUAUCCACACCCAAAACCACCAUCUCAUGAGCAACACCCACAGCCACCCUACCAUUACAAACCACCUUUCCAUGGCCCCAAAGUCCCUCCAUAUUACUACAAAUCCCCACCACCACCAUCUCCAAAACCACAACCUCCUUAUGUCUACAAAUCACCACCACCUCCAUCCCCAUCUCCACCACCACCUUAUGUCUACAAGUCUCCUCCUCCCCCUUCUCCUUCACCACCACUUCCAUACGUGUACAAGUCCCCUCCACCACCAUCUCCCUCACCUCCUCCACCUUAUGUCUAUAAGUCUCCACCCCCACCAUCACCUUCCCCACCUCCACCCUAUGUUUACAAGUCACCACCACCACCAUCACCCUCACCACCACCUCCAUAUGUUUAUAAAUCUCCUCCUCCUCCAUCACCCUCCCCUCCCCCGCCAUAUGUUUAUAAGUCUCCACCCCCACCAUCACCAUCACCACCACCUCCAUACAUUUAUAAAUCUCCUCCUCCACCAUCUCCUUCACCACCUCCCCCAUACAUCUACAAGUCACCACCACCUCCAUCACCUUCACCACCUCCUCCAUAUGUUUACAAGUCUCCACCCCCACCAUCACCAUCACCACCACCUCCAUACAUUUAUAGAUCUCCUCCUCCACCAUCUCCUUCACCACCUCCUCCAUACAUCUACAAGUCACCACCACCUCCAUCACCUUCACCACCUCCUCCAUAUGUUUACAAGUCUCCACCCCCACCAUCUCCCUCCCCACCACCUCCAUAUGUUUAUAAAUCUCCCCCUCCACCAUCUCCUUCUCCUCCUCCGCCAUACAUUUACAAGUCCCCGCCACCGCCUUCUCCAUCCCCACCACCUCCAUAUGUCUACAAAUCUCCACCUCCACCAUCUCCCUCACCUCCUCCACCCUACGUCUAUAAGUCACCGCCUCCUCCCUCACCUUCACCGCCUCCUCCAUAUGUAUACAAAUCUCCACCUCCACCUUCUCCACCACCUCCUCCACCUUAUAUCUAUAAGUCACCACCACCUCCUUCCCCUUCUCCUCCUCCUCCUUAUGUGUACAAGUCUCCACCUCCACCAUCUCCAUCACCUCCUUAUCAUCCCUACCUCUACACAUCACCCCCGCCUCCCAAGUAUUAAGCAUGCGGCUAAGGCAGUAAGAAUCUUUUAAGUCAAAUGAUGAAUUAUAUUCAACAUUUUCGCAGUUAAUAUGAUGUUAUCCAAAAAAAAAAUGAUUCUUGUAAUUGUGUAUGUAACUAUGUAUUGGUGCAAAUUCUGAAGUGUGUAUCAUUCUCUUUUUUCCAAAUCUCAUAAUAUCACAUAUAUUCUGUUCAACCUUGA